AUGGCAGACGAUGAUGUCUCUGAGUCCCUGCCUGCCCUCGAAGAGUCACAGGCCGCAAUGGAGGAGCAAUGGAGGACGCUGACAGCUGCAUGCGUCGACAAGAUGCAAGGCCGAUCAGUUGAUGAUCUCGAAUUACCCGAUGUCGAGACGCAAGAUGUAGAGGACAUCCUGCUGGAACAGGUGCUCUCGCUUCUGAGCAAGCCAGCUGUCUCGGCUGUUGACUGCAGUGCCAUGUUCACGGCGUUGACAGGGACUGUCGACCUCCGCAGACAUCGAGUGGAUGGCUACAGGAUGAGUGCCAUGGUGUGCGACCUGCAGGCGCAAGGAGACAUUUUUCUUGGCGGCGCUGCCUGUGUGGAUGUCACUGAUCUCCCUACAAGCAAGGAUGAGCUUGCUAGUUUCCUGUCCGGACCCUCUGCAAAGCUUUUUUGGGACUAUACGAAACUUCUGCUGGAAUACCAGGCCGACAUCAAGGAACAGGUUCGGAAGAAGCGCUCUGCUUCAAUUACGGAGCCAAAAUCGCCGCUAUGGCAAGCAGAGGCACAGGAGGAUGAUGAGCAAAGUGAAGCCAGGACACCACUGCAGACGCCAAAGCUGUAUGGCCUCGGACAGGUCACAGUACUCACGCCUAAAAAUUCUUAA